AUGGCAACCAAAGGUUCGUCGAAAUCAGUGGAACAAUCUGGGGCCAGCGCCACAGACGCGAACAGCCACAACUCAGGGUUGAGAAAACCGGUGUUUGUAAAGGUUGAUUCUUUGAAGCCGGGGACGAAUGGCCACACACUGAUUGCGAAAGUAUUGAACUCCAACACCGUACUCAGCAAGAAGCCCCGGAAUAUGAUGUCGUUCCGUGGGCCCCAGAACCAGAAUACUCGUAUCGCGGAGUGCCUCAUUGGCGACGAAACGGGCACCAUCCUCUUCACUGCCCGUGAUAACCAAGUUGAUCUGAUGAAGCCAGGUAACACCUUGAUUCUUCGGAACGCAAAAAUUGACAUGUUCAAGGGGUCUAUGAGGCUAACUGUUGAUAUGUGGGGCCGCAUCGAGGUUACUGAUCCUGCAAAAUUCGUGGUCAAAGAGGACAACAAUCUAUCACUGGUCGAGUAUGAGUUGGUGAAUGUUGAAGAAUCUUGA